CGCAGCGAUGGCGGAGGCGGUGGAGCGCACAGAUGAGCUGGUCCGCGAGUAUCUGCUCUUCCGCGGCUUCACGCACACAUUGCGGCAGCUGGACGCCGAGAUCAAGGCGGACAAGGAGAAGGGGUUCCGGAUGAGGAACUGAGGCGCUGAGAGGGGACAUGACUUGCCUGAAGUUACCCAGCAAGUCAGGAGCAUCGCCGAGGCUGCAGCCCAGGGCUCCCUUCUCCACCCCAGCCUCCCAGCAGGUGGACAAGAUUGUGGACCAGCUGCAGCAGUUGAUGCAGGUGUAUGACUUGGCUGCCCUUCGGGAUUACUGGAGCUACCUGGAGCGUCGGCUCUUCAGCCGCUUGGAGGAUAUGUAUAGACCCACCAUCAACAAGCUGAAAACCAGCCUGUUCCGCUUUUAUCUCGUCUACACAAUCCAGACAAACAGAAAUGACAAGGCUCAGGAGUUCUUUGUGAAGCAGGCCACAGAGCUCCAGAACCAGGCCGAGUGGAAGGAUUGGUUUGUCCUGCCCUUCCUGCCGUCCCCAGACACCAACCCCACCUUUGCCACCUACUUUUCUCGCCAGUGGGCCGACACCUUCAUCGUGUCCCUGCACAACUUCCUGAGCGUCCUGUUUCAGUGCAUGCCAGUUCCCGUGAUACUGAACUUUGAUGCGGAAUGCCAGAGGACCAACCAGGUUCAAGAAGAAAAUGAAGUUCUGCGCCAGAAGCUGUUUGCACUGCAAGCCGAAAUCCACCGACUAAAGAAAGAAGAGCAACAGCCAGAAGAGGAGGAGGCCUUGGUCCAACACAAAUUGCCCCCUUAUGUCUCCAACAUGGACCGCCUGGGGGACUCAGAACUGGCCAUGGUGUGCAGCCAAAGGAACGCGUCCCUCUCCCAGUCACCGCGCGUGGGCUUCCUGUCCUCGCUGCUGCCUCAGAGUAAGAAGAGCCCCUCGAGGUUGUCGCCUGCCCAGGGCCCCCCUCAGGCUCAGAGCUUGGCCAAGAAGGAGUCCUUUGGCAGCCAGACCGCCAAGGGCAGGGAGCCAGCGAGCGCUCCCAAGGACGGGAAGAACCUCUUCAGCGGACUGGCCACGGGGGAGUCCAGCUGGUCGCAGCACCGGCAGCGGCGCCUGCAGGAUCACGGCAAGGAACGGAAGGAGCUCCUCUCCAUGACUCUGCAGUGUGCAGAGAAGAAGCCUGAAGCUGGUGGCCUGGAGGCAGAGCCCUGCCCAGAACUCCACGUGGAGGCACUGGAGACACUGACGCGGGCCCCCACAGCAGGCCCUGAGGGUGGGGGCGUCCGCCCUGAGCAGCCGUUCAUCGUGCUGGGGCAGGAGGAGUACGGAGAGCACCACUCCUCCAUCAUGCACUGCAGAGUGGACUGCUCGGGGAGGAGGGUCGCCAGCUUAGAUGUGGACGGGGUCAUCAAAGUGUGGUCCUUCAAUCCCAUCAUGCAGACCAAGGCGUCCUCCAUUUCCAAGUCACCGCUGCUCUCUUUAGAGUGGGCCACCAAGCGGGACAGGCUGCUCCUGCUGGGCAGUGGUGUGGGGACUGUGCGCCUGUAUGACACAGAGGCCAAGAAGAAUCUCUGUGAGAUCAACAUCAAUGAAGAUAUGCCAAGAAUCCUGUCUCUGGCCUGCAGCCCCAGCGGGGCCUCUUUCGUCUGCUCCGCCGCAGCUCCGAGCCUCGCUGCCCAGGUGGACUUGUCAGCGCCGGACAUCAGCAGCAAGGGUGCUAACUACGUUCCUGGCAGGCUGCUGCUGUGGGACACGAAAGCCAUGAAGCAGCAGCUCCAGUUCUCCUUGGAUCCAGAGCCCAUUGCCAUCAACUGCACAGCCUUCAACCACAAUGGGAACCUGCUGGUCACGGGGGCAGCGGACGGCGUCAUCCGGCUCUUUGAUAUGCAGCAGCACGAAUGUGCCAUGAGCUGGAAAGCCCACUGCGGGGAGGUCUGCUCCGUGGAGUUCAGCUACGACGAGAACGCGGUGUACAGCGUCGGCGAGGACGGGAAGUUCAUCCAGUGGAACAUCCACAAGAGUGGCCUGAAGGUGUCUGAGUACAGCCUCCCUGCGGACGCCACGGGCCCCUUUGUGCUGUCCGGGUACAGCGGCUACAAGCAGGUUCAGGUCCCCCGGGGCCGACUCUUCGCCUUUGACUCGGAGGGAAACUACAUGCUGACGUGUUCUGCCACAGGGGGAGUCAUCUACAAGCUGUGUGGGGAUGAGAAAGUUCUGGAGAGCUGUUUGAGCCUGGGUGGCCACCGUGCCCCUGUGGUCACCGUGGACUGGAGCACGGCCAUGGACUGCGGGACCUGCCUCACUGCCUCCAUGGAUGGCAAGAUCAAGCUGACCACCCUGCUGGCCCAUAAACUCUGAGGGACCUGCCCUGAGGGGCACCCACAGAAGCAGUAUUAUCCUGGGGCGGGGAGAGACGAGACAGAAAGAUGGGACGCUCCAUCCCCGGCUCCUGCCAGGGUUGGGGAUCUUCAGGGAGAGCCUUCCAUGGCCUCAGGCACUGGCCAGCAGCCGUGGCUGAAGCAGGAGCCAUGUGCAGUGGUGGCCCUUGUUCCCCAGAUCCCAGCACGCUGGGCCCUGGCAGGAGCAUGCUCCACACACUGGAGGAAGGCUCAGGAAACAGGAGGAGUGUGUGAUGGCUGCUCUGCUGGCCCAGAAGAGAUUGAAAGUAUUUUGUAUAUAUUUGCUGUUUUCUUUUUUAAAAAAAGAAUGCUCUUGUGGUCACCUGGUGUCUCUUUCUGGAAUGUGUGUGUGCAGCAGAGUGUCUCCCUUCACCCUUUGUCCUGGCCGUGGUCACCGUGAGCUUAGGCCCAAACCCAAGCUCUCACCUCCCCGUGUGGGGCUGAGCUUUAUCAGAGGCUUGCUCGUUGGUUUGCUGUAGAGGUAGGACGUCCUCUCUCUACCGUCCCCCUGGCUAACUAAGGUCUGUGCUGUUCUGUUUCUUUGGGCUCCUGUCAAGGAUGCUCUAAUGUCUUCUUUUCCCUGAGAGUUGGCAGCUCGGAUUACAGAAGCCUCUCAGGACAAGGGCAGGGUCUGAAGCUUCUGUAUCCGGGUGGCUGAGGUUUCCCAGUACCUGUCAUGGUGGUUCCUCCGGUUCUUUCAACUUCACAGCCUUGAGUUUGAACAGAGCCAAUCACUCGCGCCCUCUGCUGGUGAACAACCAGAGGACAGGAGCACUCUGGCCAAGAGCUGAGCCUGGAACUUGGGGUUCAGCCUGGCCCUCUGCUCCCUGGCUGGAGUGGGACAUUGAAGAGGCAGAUGCCCUCACAGGGUGGGGAGGAAUGAGAUCUAACCCGCUUGCAUUUCCAUCCGAGGUGGAGAUGCAUGUCCUCUGCCCAUAAGCCUCGUGUUGGGAUUUCAGGCCUGGACCUCAAGCUCCCUGACACUUGACAGGUGCAGCCUUGUCACUGAACUGCUUGGAAUAGUUGUUGCAGAGGCUCUUUGGGCUCCAGCCAGAUCCGGGGUGCAGGUCCGAUGAGGGGUGCUCCCAGUUACCUACUUUUGGAAUACCAUGAAGAGUGGUACUAAGGCUUUGGCUCCAGUCUGCUGUGAGUUGAAAGGGAAGUAGGGAGGUAUUUAUGUGGCUUAAUUAUGAGAAAACACCAGGGACUUAGUGAUAAGUAGUUACUUACACGUUUUUACCCAUUUCCACCUGGUAAUCCUCCUUCAAAUGAACAAACCCAAGAUUUUUCCAUUUACAAUUUUUCCCGUCUAAUACAUUGAAAGAACAAUCUCUUUUUAUUUCCCCCAGUGAUUUUGUAGGACGUUUGAAAAGUGGUCAUGUGUUUCAUCUGAGAGAAUUCAAUAUUUUUUGUAACUUUUCCUCUCUGAUUCAAAGUUUCUAUCUCAUUGCCCAUUCUAUCCUCAAUACAGUCUCCACAGUUUGCUGAAAUGUCUCUAAGGUUUGCAGAAAAACAACACUUGAAAAGCUGUCUCCUCUCUCCUUUCCGUUAUGCUCUGGGCUGGGUCUGCAUCUCCCUUUCGUUUUGAGAUUGGCUCAUAGCUGAUGUGAUAGAGGUUCCACCAGGAGGGAUGAGAGUGGGAAGGUGGGGUUCUACAUCACUUUUGAAGCUGCCUUAAAACACAAAACCAAAACACCAUUAACCGCUGACCCUUUGAAAUUAGCAAGUUCAAUAUGUACUGCCGGCCACCCUGCCUGCUCCUGGCCUGUCUAUCUGACCUCCACCCCAUCCUGAGUGCCUGUCAGCGUGCCUUCAUCCUGGGUUUUUCUCCUUGUCCUACCCCAUGCUCCUCCAAGGUCAACUCACAUCCUCCAAUAAAGCAUGUCAAAACU